AUGUCUGAGCACCAAAACGAAUCCUUUGAUGUUCCUUCACAGGAAACCCUUUUUGUAUUGUUGGCUGCCCUGUACGAGUCGGAAUCACCAGAGUUACUUCUGCAACAGUUCCUGCAGUUUCUGGAACAGGAAAGGAGAGAGAACACCUCUCAAACUCCAUUCCAGUGUGGUUCAAGCACGGAAGUAUCAUCACAUUCAUCACACAUACCAUUAUCCACGGCUUCUUCUGGAUUUCAUGGUCACGAUCUCAGCGCUACGUAUAACCCACGCUCUAUUCACCACCAUCAACAUUGUCCACAUUUUCCCCCUUAUCCCAUCCUGUGGAUACACAAUCCCCAGUGGUUCCCAGUGUCUGAGCACCAAAAAGAAUCCUUUGAUGUUCCUUCACGGGAAGCCCUUUUUGUAUUGUUGGCUGCCCUGUACGAGUCGGAAUCACCAGAGGUAUUCCUUCAAUGGUUUCUGCAGUUCCUGGAACAGCAAAAGAGAGAAUACCUGUCAAUCUCCAUUCCGGCAUGGUUCAAGCACGGAAAUACCAUCAUACACGUCAUUAUCCGCGGAGACACGGCAUGGGCGCUGCUUCUCGUUCCUUCCAACCUCGAGCAAUCAAGAAGGAAGCAACCAUCCAUCUCAAAUACAUUAGGAGAAGGUUUGGAUAAUCACAACUUGAGAUCCACUGACAACAGGCAAAUUGUCGCAACUCAGUGCUCCGGGGAUCUCCCUGUUGAGCAUGGUCACAGCGAACCCAACGUAGAUGGAAGGGCAUGCGAGUCCAUGACAGAGUCGUAUACCAAUGCAACGAGUCCAUGCAGCUGCCCAUCGCACCGGAGCAGCAUGCUCCGAGCACAUCCCACGUACAAGGUCACAUCCCCAACUGCAUGGGGGGCCUCGGCGUCAGUGUCACGCGUGAACGCAAGAGGUGGCGGAAAGACAAGGCGGAUAAGCGAGGCAAAGGAAACAGGAUCAAAAUCUGUAUACCAUGCGAGACAUGCUUCAGCGCGGGCCUACAGGGGAGGGGGGCAUCGAGUGGUCGAGCCGGUAGACAAAGGUGAUGCUUCACCGCUCACCUUUUCCCCGUACGACCGCGAUAUCGAUGGGCCGGGUGCGUGGGAGUUCCACGCACCAUCUUCGAGGCCGAAAUUUAGUCAGAUUUUGGUCUUUUGGUAG